GAUCCACGCUCACGCCGUCCGCCGUGGCGUCCCCCUCGGCCACCCCGGCCUGGCCAAGCACCUCGUCUUCGCCCUCGUUUCCCUCCCCGCCGCCGACCCCAUGCCCUACGCCAGCGCCGUCUUCGCCCAGGUCCCCAACCCCGGGGUCUUCAGUUACAACACCAUGAUCCGCGGCUACGCCGAGAGCUGUCACCCCCGCCACGCCCUCGACGUCCACCGCCUCAUGCUCGCCGCCGACGUCCCCCCGGACUCCCACACCUACCCCUUCCUCCUCAAGGCCUGCGCCAAACUGCUGUCUCUCCGCGACGGCGAGAGGGUCCACUGCCGCUCCGUCAAGGACGGCCACGACGCCUGCGUCUUCGUCCAGAACACACUUGUUCAUUUCUACGCGGCCUGCGGACUCUUCGAGAGCGCACACAAGUUGUUCGAGAGGAUGUCCCACAGAAACCUCAUUUCCUGGAACUCUGUCAUUAAUGGCUUCGCCAUAAACGGGAGGCCUAAUGAGGCGCUGACCCUCUUCAGGGAGAUGGUCGCGGACGAGGAUGGCGGCAUCGAGCCUGAUGGUUUCACCAUGGUCAGCUUGCUCUGCGCCUGUGCCGAGCUGGGGGUCUUGGCUCUCGGCCGCAGAUCCCAUGUUUACCUUGCUAAGCGAGGCCUGGACCGGAACGCCCACGUUGGGAAUGCGCUCAUAGAUUUCUAUGCCAAGUGUGGAAGCAUCGAGGAGGCUUACAAGGUAUUCGACGAGAUGGAUGAGAGGACUGUGGUGUCGUGGACUUGUUUGAUAGUAGGGUUGGCCAUGAACGGGUUUGGCGAAGAAUCUCUCGACCUCUUCCAUGCAAUGGAGAGGGAGAGAUUGGUGCCGACUGAGAUCACCUUGGUUGGGGUGUUGUACGCUUGUAGCCAUUGCGGGUUGGUUGACGAUGGAUUCAGGUACUUCAACAGGUUGACACGAGACUAUGGCAUCGUGCCCAAGAUAGAGCACUAUGGUUGCAUGGUGGAUCUCCUGGGACGAGCUGGCUUGGUGGAAGAGGCACACAGUUACAUCAUGAACAUGCCACUGGAGCCCAAUGCUGUCAUCUGGAGGACCUUGCUUGGAGCAUGCACCAUGCACAAGAGGCUGGAAAUUGGGGAAGCAGUUUGGGCUAGGCUCGUGGAAUUGGACCCUGGCCAUAGCGGCGACUACGUGCUCCUAUCCAAUAUGUAUGCUGCUGUCAGUCAGUGGGGGAUUGUUCACAAGCUCCGGAGGAGCAUGCUGAAGGGAGGGGUGAGAAAGAUGCCUGGCCACAGCCUCGUCGAACUGGGCAACCACAUGCACGAGUUCAUCAUGGGUGAUCGCUCACAUCCUCAGAGCCAGCAAAUAUAUGAGAUGCUCGAAGAGAUUGCAGCGAGGCUGAGGCUGGAAGGCUACAUGCCUCACACAACGAAUGUUUUGGCUGAUAUAGAGGAGGAAGAGAAGGAGACGGCACUGAACUACCACAGCGAGAGGUUGGCCAUAGCCUUUGCUCUCCUUAACACUGCCCCAGGGACCCCCAUCAGGAUAGUGAAGAACCUGAGGGUAUGUGCAGAUUGCCACAUUGUGACCAAACUCAUAUCCAAGAUUUAUGACCGGGAGAUUGUGGUGAGAGAUCGGAGUCGAUUCCACCAUGUAAGAGGUGGAUCCUGUUCUUGUAAGGAUUAUUGGUAGGCUACAGUAGUGUUCUCCCAGCAAGAUUAUACUGCAUUCGGAAUCAAGAUGGUCCUCAUUUGAGAGGAAUUGUCUGGUCAUUUGAGCUUUUCUUUGGAUGCAACUUCACCAGAUGAACAUUUUUUUGGCUUUACAGCUCCUUUGGAUAUUUGUUUAUGCUUGUCA